UAUUCUUUGCUCUAUACAAUGUACCCGUCUCACCUGCCGCCACACUCACACGCACACGUAAUCACAAUCUUAUUUUAAAAUGUGUUAAUCGUUGUCCGUUUAUUGUGUGUUAUGUUACCAAGAUGUCUUUAUAUGUGUAUCAUUGUAAUUUUUAUAUGGAUUUUUUAUCUUUGUUUCGCAUAAACUACCACUGGAAAGAAUAAUAAUUUUGUAUAGGUGUGUAGCUGGCCAGUCUACUCUACAUUAAAUUGGCCAAUUUGUAUUAUUUAUUUUUAGACCAGAAGGACCGAUUCUCAUAUUUAUUACUAUUUUAGAUGUACUUACGUGUUGCUUCGGACCACCGGACACUACUCCUUCGCGCAUCUAAUUGAUAGAGCUCCGUGUUUUCGUAACCAUUCACCGCUGUAAUUCCCCCACUUAAUACUCGGCGAUCGUUAAUUAAUUAAACGGCCGCCGAUGCCGAGCAGUAAUAAGUGUCUGUAUACAGCGAAUCAAAAAGAAAAUAACAACACAUGACGACUGUUACACAUGGAUAAAUAUGAAUGCAGAUCUUAAAGAAGAGCGGCCUCCACAUCCUAGGGCUAAUGCUAAUUUUUUCGAAAUCCUCACCUUUGGGUGGACAUUAAAGCUCUUUCAAACAGGAAAAAAGAGAGAUUUAGAGAUAAAUGAUUUGUAUUCAACUCUUAAAGAGCAUUCGUCGUCAUUAUUAGGGAAUGAAUUAGAAAAGAAAUGGAGAAUAGAGUUGGCUAAAGCAAAAGAGUCAUCAAGGCAUCCUAGUUUAUUAAGAGCUUUACUUAAAAUGUUUGGAGCGAAGUUGAUGUUGUGCGGAUUUCUACUUUUGAUUAUCGAAACUGUAUUAUGCAGAAUCAUGAUUUGCUGCGUCUCAAAUUGGCCAUCAAUAUGAAGAAAUUCUUCCAAGUUAAAAUCAAGUUGAACAAGGAUAUCUUGAGUUUCAGUCAGGGCACUCAUUGGAAUUCACGUCCGAUCUGUCAAUAAAGAAUCCAGCUUUACGGAAACAGUUUUGAACACAUUAAUUUUUUAAACAAUUAAUCAUGUUAUAUAUUCGUCUUAGCGAGGAUUUUUAUCAACUUUUAUUACAAAAACAUGUCCAUUUCCGACUUGAUGAGAUUUCCGUUUUGGCGGGAUAAAAUUAUAUGUAAUUUGAAACGGGACCAAAAAAAUGUUCCAUAAUACCGGGGUUUCAGUCUUACCAAAGUUCCGUCUUAUAGAGGUUUUACUGUAUGUAUAUAUAUAUAUUUGUUAUAAUUAUCAGAUGACAUUGCGGUAAUAACAGACAAUAAAGUGGAUUUUUAGAAUAUCUUAGAAAUAAUUACCGUUAACAAGGGUGAAAUGAACACGAUUUUGAAUUUUCCCAGGCUCCUACACCUUGAAUAUUAAUUUUUUAAAUCUGAAAAAAAUCUAAUAUAGGCGCGCAGUAUAAAUGACUAAAUUUGCAUAAAAAAAAUAAAUUUCAACCAUAACUUGGUUAAAAAAUAAAUAAAAAUUGAAUGUUCCAAAUCACCUUGAGUUUCGGGUGACAUGAAACAGUAAGGAAUUUUUAAUAUUUUAGAGCAUUUAACCUACCGUACGUUUUGUGAUACUUGGAACACAAAUAGGGUUUUUAAAAACAUCAUUGUACAUAUGAUAACCUAAAGAAGUCAGUAGGUAACCUAAAUAUUAUAUAAAAAAUAAUUUAAACAAUUUCUUUAUCUCGAACUGUAUGAAUUUGGUGAUUUAAAUUUGGUCUAC